AUGGCGGGAGGAAUGAAAGUGGCGCUCUUGCCGGCAGUUGGUGCCGGGACCUGGAGUUGGGGGGCCGGGGGUGGUGGGGCAGUGCGGCUGCUUCUGGUCCUCUCCGGCUGCUUUGUCUGCGGCUCAGCCGAAAUUGAUUUAAAGGUGGUCACGCUUCAGGAAUCCAGAGUUCAUUAUAUGAAUACCAGUCAACAAUCCUGUUACAAAAAUGUGCUUAUCCCAAAGUGGCAUGAUGUAUGGACACGGAUACAGAUCCGGGUAAAUAGUUCCAAACUGGUCCGAGUCACCCAGGUGGAGAAUGAAGAGAAACUGAAGGAGCUAGAGCAGUUUAGUAUCUGGAACUUUUUUUCCUCCUUUUUAAAAGAAAAAUUGAAUGACACCUAUGUUAAUGUGGGUCUAUACAGCACAAAAACCUGCCUCAAAGUUGAGAUUUUAGAGGAAGACACCAAGUACAGUGUCACUGUGACUCGGAGAUUUGACCCCAAACUCUUCCUCAUUUUCCUCCUUGGACUCACACUAUUUUUUUGUGGAGACUUGCUGAGCAGAAGUCAAAUCUUCUACUAUUCUACUGGGAUGAGUGUGGGAAUUGUGGCAUCUUUACUAAUCAUCAUUUUUAUAGUGUCCAAGUUUGUGCCCAAGAAAAGUCCUGUUUACAUCAUCCUGGUAGGAGGCUGGUCCUUUUCUCUGUACCUCAUUCAACUAGUUUUUAAAAAUUUACAAGAGAUCUGGAGGUGUUACUGGCAGUAUCUUUUAAGCUAUGUCCUCGCAGUUGGAUUCGUGAGUUUUGCAGUCUGUUACAAGUAUGGGCCUUUGGAGAAUGAACGAAGUAUCAACCUGCUGACCUGGACCUUGCAGCUGCUGGGCCUAUGUUUCAUGUAUUCCAGUAUCCAGAUACCACACAUUGCCCUUGCCAUUAUCGUCAUUGCACUGUGUACUAAGAACCUGGAGUACCCUAUCCACUGGCUGUACAUCACCUACAGAAAGAUGUGUAAGGCAACAGAAAAGACUGUCCCCCCUCGUCUUCUGACAGAAGAAGAAUACCGGCUACAAGGAGAGGUGGAGACCCGAAAGGCUUUAGAGCAGCUUAGAGAAUACUGCAACAGUCCAGACUGCUCAGCUUGGAAGACUGUCUCUCGAAUUCAGUCUCCAAAGAGGUUUGCUGACUUCGUGGAAGGUUCUUUCCACCUCACACCCAAUGAGGUUUCUGUCCACGAGCAGGAGUACGGCUUAGGGAGCAUUAUAGCCCAGGACGAACUCUAUGAAGAAACAUCCUCUGAGGGGGAGGACUCAGAUUCUCGGUACCCCCUUGUCGUACAACAGAACAGCUUCCUGACUUAG